AUGGCCCUCUCCGGACCCAUGCCUAGUGUCCUGCUUGCAGCGCAGUCUCGGGCGGCGUCGACCGCCGCCCCCACGCACCGUGAGGGCACCAUCAACUACACUAGUACAUGUGGCAAAUUCAAGGUUUUGAACAGGAACCCGCGCAGCGCGCAACUAACGGGCGCUGUGCGCCGGGCCGGUGGCUUUGCCACUUCCCAUGUUGACGUUGCCUUCUUCUAUCGCCUACGCCUUGAACGCUCCAACAAGCACAUCUCUGCCGCCGUUGAUACUCCCGACCGCACCAUUGUCUUGACUGCCACUACACAAGAAUAUAACAUUGCGCGGCAUUUGUAUGGCUACGCUGAUAAGGCAGCAGCACAAAAUCUGGCUUUGGUACUAGCACAACGCCUGCAUGAAUCUGGUAUUACCAAGGUCAAGUUUGAUCGCGGCGAUGCCCCCUAUCAUGGGCGUGUCAAGCUUUUUGUGGAGAUGUUAAGGUCACAGGGCAUUGAGUUUGACGGCUGA